GGGGCUCGCCGCGGCUCGGAGGGGUGCGUGAGCGGAGGCGAGAAGGGCGCUCCCCCGGCCGCCGCCGCCGCCGCCUCGGAGGGGAGACCACCAUGAACGGCUUCCCCCCGGACGAGGUGAGCCGGGGAGGGGACGCGGCCGCCGCCGUGGCCGCCGUGGUGGUCGCUGCCGCCGCUGCCGCCGCCGCCGCCGCCUCGUCCGGGGCGGGCGCCGGGGCCGGUGGGGCCGCGAGCGGGGCCGAGGUGCCGGGCUCCGGGCCGGCGGCGGCCGCGGGGGGUCCCCCCGGCGCGGCGGGCCCGGGGCCCGGGCAGCUGUGCUGUCUGCGGGAGGACGGGGAGAGGUGCAGCCGGGCGGCCGGCAACGCCAGCUUCAGCAAGAGGAUCCAGAAGAGCAUCUCCCAAAAGAAGGUCAAGAUCGACCUGGACAAGACGGCAAGGCACCUUUAUAUCUGUGACUUUCACAAAAACUUAAUUCAGAGUGUUCGAAACAGAAGAAAGAGGAAAGGGAGUGAUGAUGAUGGAGGUGAUUCACCUGUGCAAGAUAUAGAUACUCCAGAGGUUGAUUUAUACCAAUUACAAGUCAACACACUUCGGAGGUACAAAAGACACUUCAAGUUAACAACCAGACCAGGACUUAACAAAGCACAACUUGUUGAGAUAGUUGGUUGCCAUUUUAGGUCUAUUCCAGUAAAUGAAAAGGACACCUUAACAUACUUCAUCUACUCAGUAAAGAAUGACAAGAACAAGCCAGAUCUCAAGAUUGAUAGUGGUGUUCAUUAGGGUAUCUGAAACUGGGACUAAAGCUUGGAUGUACAAAGACUGUUUUUUGAGAUGCAGAAACAUACAUUUGUGCUUUUUUUUUUCUACAGAGGACUUUUCUCUGGCUUUAUUUUCUUUAUUUUUGAUCUUGAUAAUUAGAGCAGAACUCAUGUGAAAUGAGCUUUCAUAGAUGAAAAAAAUAUUUUAAAUAAAUGAUAUUGCUAUUAUA